AUGAAUGCCGGCAGUUGGAGAACCUCAAACAUGACUCAGCCAACGUUGAGCAACGCGGCCUGGCUACAGCCUCAUCCAAUGUCCAUGCUGUCACAAAGUCACGGUCAACGUCUACCCGAAAACCGCAAGAAGCCGCUACCAGGAGACCCCCCGCAGCAUACUGGAAAUGCGGAGAAUGGCAUUGCGCUCGUUACUGUCUCUUCAAGAAACAUGCGUGUCAAAAAUGCCGCAAACAAGGGCACAGAGAAGACUUUUAUCAAACCAAACACCCUUCUACAAUAA